CAUUUUGUCUCUUCUACUAAAAAAAUAGAAACAAAGGUAAAACAAUGGCGGAACCAAAAUCCGCCCCCCAGCCUACCACCGCCGUCCCGGCCACCGCCACCGCCACAACCGGCGGCCAAUUCCGUGACUUUGUCCGAAUGGAUCGGCCGAAGUUCCGCGUGACGACGGCGUACGACAGCGACAGCUCCGUAUUCCUCCACAAGGUGUCCUGCAAAUUAUUGGACGAUUUAGCGAAGCUGAAGAUGUCAUUUUCAAGCAACAACAAUGGCGAAGUGUGGGAGCCACAAGUCUCGCUCACUUCAAAGCUCUUCUCCCUGCACUACGAUGUCGAGGAGCGCGACGCCCUGCUCAAGGCUUCGUUUGAAGCCGCGCCUGGAUUGAAUUUCAAAGCUUCCCAUCAAUUCAAGGCUCGACAAGCUGAAGUUGCAAUGGUCGCAGAUCUUGCAAGCCCCGAUUACAAAUUGGAAUUGUCAUCCUUUGUUCCGUCUGUUGGCAAGCCGAGAGCAACUUUUAAGUUUCCACUUGGCGAAGUGUCAUUGGAGGAGAAAGAUGCGGAAGAAGAGGAACAGAAGAAAGCCUUAUCAGUGAGCGGGAUUCUAAAAUAUCAUAUUCUGAAUGGAUUGUACACUGCUAAAUUCGUCGACGAAAAUAUGGAUUUAAGAUAUGCAUUCAAGGAUGAGCAAAUGACGUUCAUUCCGAGCAUUUCUAUGCCUUCAAAUGCAGUUUCGUGUGCAUUUAAGCGGAGAUUCAGUAAUUCGGACAAGUUGAGCUAUUUAUACCACUUCGAUUCAAACAAUUGGAAUGCCGUCUACAAACACACAGUGGGUAAGGACUACAAGUUCAAAGCAGGCUACGAUUCUGAAGUUCGACUCGGUUGGGCAUCUCUCUGGGUUGGAGACGAAGAUGGGAAAGCGAAGACGGCACCAUUGAAGAUGAAAGUGCAGUUGAUGGUCCAAGUUCCUCAAGAUGACGUAAAAUCGACGGCUGUGAUGUUCCGAAUCAAGAAAAGAUGGGACAUUUAAUUCUCUACACAGUAUCGGAAUGGAAAUGGACGAUCAUCUAAUGUUGUGUUUGUAGACGACACAUUUAUUAAUUGUUGUAAUAAUAAAUUUUAUCUUUCCUCAAAAUUUCCAUUCUUGGUUCAAAAUGUUGCCCCUACUAUACUUUGGUACACUUUUAUUUGUCAUUGGGACUCUCUGCUAGUCCAAAUUUAUUAGAUGUUUUGUUGGGAGUGAUUUCUUUAUUUAUCCUUUCACUAUUAUCA